GGGGCGGGGCGGUGGGAGGGGGCUGGCGGCGGGGCCGGAGCGCGGCGGAGCGGCGGGCACAGAGCGCGGCGGACACCGCUCGGACAGCGCGGCUCUCGGGACUCGCUCCGCUCGCAGGGCGCGCAGCGGGGCCAGGCGCUCCAUGAGCCGCCGCGGGGGCGGUCGGCGCUGCCCUCGCUCCCCGCCGCGGAGCCGCCGCGCCGCCGGAGCCGGGAUGUGACUUGCGGAGGGCUGGCGGACAGAGCUGCCCCGCCGCCCUCGGCCGCAGCGGACAGCGGACAGAAAAAUGAAAGCCUACCCAGCCAUUGGUUUCUUCCUCCUCUUGGUGAUCAGCUAUGGCUCUUCAGAGAACUCCAGUACUCCUCGAGGGUGUGGACUGGAUCUCCUCCCUCAGUACGUUCACCUGUGUGACCUGGAUGCCAUCUGGGGCAUCGUUCUGGAGGCGGUGGCGGGGGCAGGUGUGCUGACCACGUUACUGCUGAUGCUGAUUUUGCUGGUGAGGCUGCCCUUCAUCAAGGACAAAGAGAAGAAGAGCCCCCUGGGGAUGCACUUCCUCUUCCUCUUCGGGACUCUGGGACUGUUCGGGCUGACGUUCGCGUUCAUCAUCCAGGAAGAUGAGAUGGUGUGCUCCACCCGACGCUUUCUGUGGGGAGUUAUCUUUGCUCUGUGCUUCUCGUGCUUGCUCGCCCAAGCCUGGAGGCUUCGCAGGCUCGUUCGCCACGGGAAGAGCCCGUCUGGCUGGCAUCUGGCGGGGGUGGCCAUCUGCCUGAUGCUGGUGCAGGUCAUCAUCGCGGCCGAGUGGCUGAUCCUGACCGUGGUCAGGGAGAACAAGCUGGCCUGCAGCUACCAACCGAUGGAUUUUGCCAUGGCUUCCAUUUACGUUAUGUUCCUGAUGGUUUUCACCAUGGGGUUUUCGUUUUUCACGCUCUGUGGGAAGUUCAAGAAAUGGAAGAAAAACGGAGUAUGCCUCAUUAUAACCCUUUUUUUUUCCAUUCUGAUUUGGGUGGCCUGGAUGACUAUGUACCUCUUCGGGAACGCUGAGCUCCAGAGAAGAGACAAAUGGAGUGACCCCACUCUGGCUAUUGCACUGGUGUCCAGUGGUUGGGUGUUUGUUAUUUUCCACGCCAUCCCAGAGGUCCACUGUACCAUCCUUCCAUCACAGCAGGAAAACACACCCAAUUAUUUUGAUACUUCACAGCCAAGGAUGCGUGAAACCGCUUUUGAGGAAGAUAUACAGCUUCCCAGGAGCUACAUGGAAAAUAAAGCCUUUUCAAUGGAUGAACAUAAUGCAGCGCUAAGAACGGCGGGAUUUCGGAACGGCAGCCUGGGCAGCCGGCCUAGCGCUCCUUUUAGAAGCAAUGUUUAUCAGCCAACUGAGAUGGCAGUUGUGCUAAAUGGUGGGACUAUACCAACUGCUCCGCCAAGUUACACUGGACGACACCUCUGGUGAAAGGCUGUAGGCUGUAGAGAAUAAGAAUCCUUGUUGCAGAUGUUGUUCCCUGGCAGUGUGUCUUUGAGGGAAGGAAUCCAUAACAGUACCAGAACAAAGCAACAAAA